GUCUCAGGAGUCCUGCCUUGAGACUGAAGGAAGUCUUGCCACACUGAACAAGUGCCUCUGUCUCUGUCCUUGAAAGGUUGAUGUAUUCUUCGAUGUUUUAGAUAAACUACUGAAUUGAGGAAAUCUGGAUCUGUAUUUCAAACACUGCAGCAAAUAGGUGGCUUUUUCUGCUGUGAGACUUAUGCUGCUACCUUGUCAAGGUUUUAAGUCAGGAAUAGCUGCACGUUUCUUUAAAAACACAAAAACCACUUGUUGAAGAUGUUGCUCUGGUUCCAGCUUCAGAGUAAUGAAGCAAAGUCUUCAGCUCUUMAAUACAGAAAUUCCAUAAUUAAGAGCCAUCACUGGUCACACUCUUUUUCUUGUAAGAAAAUAAGUUUCUAUCCAGCUCAUGGAAGUAACUGUAGCAAAAAUGAAAAGUUGGCAUUCUGAACAGUUUUCAAAGGCUUCUAAAGGAAGAUACUUCUGCUUGUUGCAGUGGCAGAUGGUCCUUGAAAAGRCACCUGCCGUGAGUCCAGAUGACCUUGGUUGCUGCAGGAAAGCAGAUCACAAAGUGGCAAGUCAGCAUGAUGAAAGAUUAUUGGGAGAUUAGCAUAAUAAAAACUGCAGGCUCUGCUGAGAAUGGAUUUGGGAUGUUUAUAAUUUAGGCUGCAACACUUGUGUUUUUCUACAGCACGGACAYAGAUCUUACACAAAGGGCUUUGUUUGGCCUGUUGAUGCUGUUAUUAAGCUGGUUAAUGCUGAAGGAUAAUGCCAGCUACCUAAGUCCUUAAGCAUUUUCGAUUAAAGUUCCUUAUCAUCAAGGUAUGUAAGAAAUUCUAGUGAGCAAUUUUAGCUUUUCUUUUUUUUGUACAUUUUGAUUACUUCUAUUGCUUCYUUUUCUGCUUCAGCCUGCAGAGGGAAGAAGAGCUAAUUAAAGUACCUGCAGUGCAGAGGUGGCUGUAGCAGUUUUGCUGCCAGAGGUGGAGCUGCCCUUCAGGUGGUUUUGGGGGUGGUUUGGGCAACUUUCUCUGGAUUCAAGGGGUGCACUAGGAACACAUGUUAUGGAGAGAUCCUUUGAAGAUGUUUGCAAUGGUACACGUACCAACAGGAAUGCUCAUUCUCUCCUGGAGGACUAAUAGCCCCACAGUGGCUGCAGCACAGACUUAAACAAAACCAGUUUCCUCCCUUUGGCUUUUACAAAGUGUGACUGAGAAGAACAUGUCUGAGGUUUCUUCCCUACUUCCUACCAUUGGGACCUGACUUCCCUCCUGCAGUACAGGCACAUGUGAAUUCCUAUGCUCCCAGCCUGGUUGGUUUGUGUUUGCCAAAGUUGAUUAGACAGAGUAGUGAUUAAGCUCUCCAAACAAUCCACUUCCAGUUAAUGAAAUGUUGCUGGAAGCCUGAAAGAACUGAGGAACAUUGGUUCUGUCAUUCAAUUUUUAGAAUAACUUGUGUAACCCAGGCCAGUAUACUCAGGCAAAUGUCAGUGAUUGUGACAAGCAAGCUUGGUUUGUGUCUGCAAGGUUGCUUGAGCAGAAGGGAGCUGUUCGGCUGGCAAGUGGACAGGAUAUCAUGUGAUCCUUGUAAUCAAAUGAACAGAUGCAGCCAGAGGAAAGCUACAGCUGUUCCUGCAGCUUGCAAGCCAAAGUUACACAUAGUGUUGGUGCAAAAUACCAGGCCAAAUUCAUUGGUGGGGGAAAAGCUACUCUUGGAAGUAGCUAUUAAUGGAUAGUUAAGCUAAAGUUAAUUGAAAUAUGUUUCUUAAAUACUGGAUAUUGUGCAUUUAUAAGUAAAUUGAGGAGGGGGUUGUACCAGCCAGCAGUGUAGUGUUUUGCAUCAGCAUGUCUGUUGGAUGCUGGUGAGGCAGUAACAUAUAAAUUGCUUAGUGAUCCUGAGAAUAGUGCAUUGUUCUCAGUGUUUCACAGUCCAUCAAAAUGGCAUUUUAGUUUUAUAAACUCUCUUUUUCAUUAAUGGCUCUUGUCUUUUCAGAUUCUUGCCAGGCUGGAUGUCUCGCAGGUCUAGGAAGGAGGAGAUAGAGCUUUCAAAUAAAUAAUGCUGCUUUCAUUAGCCUCUCCUGUGCUACAUAAGUGUGUAGUCUUUGCAGUACUUGUGAGCAGGACAUUGCAGACCGCUUCACUGACUACCUAGUKUCAUUAGGUAAUGCCUUAUGUUGCUGACUUAACCACUUUCCAGUUGAAUGUUAGCUCAGGUACAAUAUUUGCUCUUGGAGAAGGAUUAAUUCUUGAAAUCCUGGAUGGACACCACGRGAGACAAGCUUUCAAAUCCCCUACAAAUUGUCUUCCUUGUUUGUGAAGAGGGCAGUGAUUCUCUCUGGUAAAUGCUAAGAAGCACAAGACACAGCUGCCUUGGAAAAUUCGUCUUUCUUUGAUAAUUUAGAAGUUCCUAUUGCUGUCCGUGGAACUUUUGUGCCAUUUGGAACACAGCAAGGUAUUUAAUGUUAUUUGCUGAUGUGUUUAUUUCAGUCUACAGCAUUAAUAGCAUGUCUAGUCAGCAACAAAUACUGGUCUGGGCUUGAAAAACUUACUUCAUAAAAAUAGAAAUGCUAUGAUGUGUAUAGUCUGUUUAUAAUGUCUUACAUUUUUUCCAGCUUUCCAAGAAGCCAAGUAUUUCCUUUUUCUAUGGUUUGUGGUCUGCAAAUAGCCCUAGAAACUGUUUUAUUCUUGAAGCAGUUUUAAAAUGGGAAAGCAAGCUGAGAAAUAGAAUGGGAGCAAACUGCAAGGAGAAUCACACACUAUCAGAGCCAGGGUCUGUCUAACAAAGAGCUCUCAUUCACACAGCUUUGAUGGUGAGGAGUGUAGGGACAGGGCACAUGUGGCAUUGUCCUUCCCUGAUGCUGCUUCUCUGUCUUGGAGCCUUACAGGGUUAAGGUUGCUCCUGGAUCAUCAUCCAACAGCUGCCAAAAGCCUUUUCUYUGUGAAUGUGUCUAAUCCUGUGAUUUAAUACAUAUUGGUGAUUUCCAGAGCCACCUUGAAUCUUCUGUUAACUGGAGAAAUGCUUCACCUUACUUUGAAUUUGAUGUCUGAUCAUUAAUUGAAUGCUAUUUUUUGACUUACAAAAAAAAAAUUGAAAAGCUAAUCUCUCUGUUUUGUACCACUUUGGUUUUCUAAACUUCCCUCUCUGGAUAUCUUUUGUGCCCUUGUGGUCUUCUCUUUCUCUUACUCCCUUCUCUUCUUUUUUCCACCCCUUCUGUUCUAUUUCCCCCUUCUAUUUCCCACCUUCUCUUCUUUUUCCCCCUUUUCUCGCCCUCCUUUUUUUUUCUCCACCUGAAAAAUUUUUAUUCCAUCUUGUUUUUAUCCCUCAGGUGCAAGCUGUGCCCUACCCCUAAGUAUAAUCGUUGCCUUUCUGGGAAGGUGGCUGGGCUGUUUUAUUCCUAAGGUCUAUUCUGGUGUGAGCUCAAUGCUACUCUGCUCAUAAUGGGUUGCACUGGGUUCUGGUUGAGGAAAAUGCAGCAAGACAGAUGAGUUCUAGUUUGGGGAUUGGUCUGACUCUUUAUCAAUACAAACCGCCUUUGUAGCUUUUAGACACAGCUGCCAUUUGGAUGUGUGAGGCAUAGGCAUGAAUGAAACAGCRUAGGCAUACAGUGCUUUACCCACUGCUUUUUUCCACCUGUUUUUCCCAGGCAUCUGGGGCAGGACAUUUUGGAGCAGAAAAGCUUCAUUCACCCACAGUCACAUCCCCAUCUUUGACCAUGAGCUGCCCUGAGUCUCAAAAGACCAUGAAGGGUGGGAAGAAUGCUGGUUCUCCUCAAAAACAAAUAGUCUUCAGGAAAAGCACCCGUGACAAAGCUCUGACCAUCUACCUGGGAAAGCGGGACUUCAUUGACAACAUAGGGAAUGUGGAACCCGUAGAUGGUGUUGUAUUGGUGGAUCCUGCUAUUACCAAGGGGAGAAAAGUGUAUGUGUCUCUCACCUGUGCAUUCCGCUAUGGCCAGGAAGACAUUGAUAUCAUUGGCCUCACUUUCCGCCGGGACCUGUUCUUCUCCAGGGUUCAGGUGUACCCACCUGCUGAGAAGCUGGAGUCUCUCACCCACUUGCAGGAAUCUCUGCUAAAGAAGCUGGGGAAAAAUGCUUAUCCCUUUUUCUUUACAUUUCCAGACUACCUGCCUUGCUCAGUCUGUCUGCAGCCUGCACCUCGUGAUGUUGAUAAGAGUUGUGGUGUGGACUUUGAGGUGAAAGCUUUCUCAACAGAUAAUGUGGAAGAGAGAAUUCAUAGGAGGAACUCUGCACGUCUGCUGAUCCGGAAGGUGCAGUAUGCUCCAGAGCAGCUGGGACCUCAGCCUUGUGCAGAGGCCACCUGGCAGUUCUUCAUGUCCAACAAGCCCUUGCACCUGAAAGCUUGCCUCAGUAAAGAGAUAUACUACCAUGGCGAGCCCAUUCCAGUCACUGUCACCAUCAACAACAGCACAGAGAAAACAGUGAAGAAGAUCAAAGUCCAGGUGGAGCAAGUGACCAACGUGGUGCUGUACUCCAGUGACUUCUAUACCAAAGUGGUGGCUUCUGAGGAAGCACAAGAAAAGGUGCAGCCCAACAGCAGCCUGACCAAGACACUGACACUUUUGCCCUUGCUUGCAAAUAACCGGGAGACACGGGAAAUAGCUCUGGAUGGAAAACUGAAGGAUGAGGAUACCAACUUGGCUUCUAGUACUAUCAUUAAAGAUGGAAUAGACAAGACAGUGAUGGGGAUUCUGGUUUCCUACAAGGUCAAAGUGAAGCUCACUGUUCCAGGCAUGCUGGGAGACCUCACUUCCAGUGAAGUGGGCAUAGAGCUGCCAUUUCGUCUCAUGCACCCCAAUCCUGAGGAAGAGAACCCUGCAGGGAAGGAUGGUGAAGCAGAGCUGGUGUUUGAGGAGUUUGCUCGUCAGCAGCUAAAAAAUACACCUGAUGAAGAGGACAAGAAUUCACCCUCAACUGAUGARUGACCAAAAGAACAGGCUGACAAAGGAGCUAUGUAGUCUGCUUUCAAUUAGAAAUGUAGGACCUAAGUUUUUAGUAAUCUGCAUAUUCUGGGUUCAUGCAUGAUCAUUUAGGGAUCAGGCCUGAGGACAUGCCAUGAGGAAUCUUGCAUAUUACAAGCUUCACCUCUGGAGGAAUGUGGCAGACACAACACCUGGUGACCAGAGGACAGAACAGCURCCAUGUCAUGACUUCUGCUUUCCGGGUUGCCUAAUAAAAAGGUUGUUUGCUUUCAGCACUGGUAAAAGCUUAAAUGAGGGUUUAUGCAGCCUCUCUGGACUUUAUUCAGUGUGAGAGUCUGUGUCUUUGAAGUGCCAGUGAACUAAAUCCUAGCCUGGAAGGCUGGCUUGCAGCCGUGGGUGACUCAUCAAAGUUCUCAGCAGACUGCACAAAACUGAGUUUAUUUCCUUUUGGUUGCUUUCGCAUUUAUGCUUUACCAAAUUCAGCCAGUGAAUUUUUUCAGUGCUUACACUGUCCUCAGGUGGCUUACAUUUACCUUCUGUAUGAUUAAAUGUCUUGCAAGUUGUCUCUGACAGCAGAGACAAUGCUGAUACACAGUAUUAACUUUUUAGCAAUAUGCUUAACAACCAUGUUAUUAAAGAUGAGAUAAAUGUGCACUGUCCAUGAAUUGCUUAAAGCUCCCUAUAUACAACCCCAAACAGAAAUGCAAGUCCAGACAGAGCCUGUUUUUAAUCUAGUUUCCUGUAGGUAACUGCUUCAAAACAAAGUGCAGAAAAAUAAGGAGGAAAUUAUGGCACAGGCUUCCCUGAGGAGCCUUUCCCAACAUCCAUCUGCCAGCAGUUUGUUUAUGCUAUAAGAAAUGAGACUGUGUUCUGCAAACUUUGUUUUCUCAUGUUGAUCUGGAUAUUCUCAUUAUCCGUGUAAAUGUUGUAUCUUUUCCUGAAUCUCACUUAGGUUUAUCUGAASUGAGUUGCAUCAGCUAAUUAUCUUUUGCAUAUAAAACAACUGGUAUUUAAUUUUCUCAUUUUUGCUUUAAAUCUUCUUUUCAGUGUCCCUGUUGAAAUUCUCCUGGAAAAUCUGAAUGCAGGGCCCACAUUUAUUAAUAUAUAUUUAUGUUUCCCACCCUACACUCUGGUAAAUGGAAUUAAGAAUUUCACACAUAUCUGUUUGCUUCUGUAAACUGGUCAUGAUUAAGAUGCUGGAAGCAGUCACUUUAGGCCACAGCUGGCCUGAGGGUUCCAUCACUGCUCUCCCCUAAUACACCUGGUCCUCAGUGCUGUCAGUUAGUGACAGAUAYCUCACCUUAGCUGAAGUUGCAAGAAGCACAAUGUUUGCUCUACACCAUGUGCUUUGCUGCUAAAGGAACCCAGCCACCUACUGAUGUUUGUGAUUAGGAUAAUUUCUGUGUGAUUUCAGCUUUGGGCGAGAAUUAGGUAUUUGCACCUGGAUGUUUAGGAAGGCUUUUCUCUGGUAUUUUUAUACUAAUUUGUUGGUGGCUCGAGAACACACAGAAGAUUCAAUAAAGUUGAACAAAUUGCUGGUUGUGAACAUG